AGAUUAUCAUGAAGAAGAAAGAAUUUGGAAGCUCUCUAAUGAACUUUUUGAUUGUAUUGGUUCAGCGUUUAAUGAAAAAGGUUGCAUGCAGUGUCCUAAUUGCCGAGGAGUUGAGGAUGGAGACUGGAGAUUUCAUGAUGUCCAUAUUUCAUUUGAAUAUGCAGUUCUACAGAUAAUUCGGGGACUCAAUGAUGAAGUCAACUCUGGCAUGGUAAUUGCGUCUUUAUGGUCUGAUACUGAGUCGGCUGGAGCAGUUUCCCAGAAUGCAUCUGCACCAGUUCAGUUGCCGACACUUGAGCAAGAAGAAUCCUCGAGGACAGCUGAAAAUCGCGGUCUCCAGCUUGAACCGAUGUCACCAGAUCUUCCACCGCACGAGCCUUCGGAAUACUUCACGCGUCUUUUGCAGGCUCCUUCGCCUAUUCCUGACUUGAAUGAUAUCCCCGGACCAUCAUCUACCACCCAGAAUACGGGGACUUCGCCUGCUGCUCGUGUCCGUCGUCUUCCUUAUCUGCGGAGGAACAUGGCACGCAGGUUUGGUCGUGGUUUCGGGUCAGAUGGUUUGCAAGGGGCCUUUCCGCUCAAUCACCAGACUCUGGACCGGGAGCGGGUGAUGCGAUUCCCCUCUAACUCUUCAUCAAUGAAUACUCCAUACGGAACGGGCGCUCAAUCAACAACUGGUGUUAGACCAGCAGGCCCCGGCUCCCAACUGUUCCAUCGGCACGGUGAACGUCGAGCAUAUGCCGAUGCGAUGGGUCGCCAGAGGUAUCAGCAUGCGUUUGAUGGGCAAUCAGCCGCUUCGGUCGAGGUGAGGUAUAACUGGUAUCUGAAUGGUCGGAGGACCCGAUUUCGUCGAGGAAACGGUGCAGGGAGGCGAGGACCGCGAAACCAACCAGAUCAGAGACCCAGCUCAUCGAAUCAACAUGAUGGCUCCCCAAGAAUGAGAAGAUUUUUUUGAGUGCAACUCGGGGCAUGAGAAGUGGCUAAUUCUGUUUUUAUGGUAUUCAUAUAUAGCAGUCUUCUCAAGAUUUUACAUGUUCUGUUCGUGGUUGUUGGUCAAUUAGGACGUUUUCAUGCGAAGUGGAAUAAUUGCUAAAGUGGAACGUGUUUUUUUUUUUUUUUUUUUUUUUUUUGCUAGUGGGAUAUUUUGGUGGAAUAAAUAGAAACAAUUUCGUGAAGCGGGAUAUUUUAAUAAAAUAA